GCAAGGCGAGCGUUGGGGGCUCCGGAGCAGCCGUUGCUGUCACUGGGGCGCUGCUGUCCCGGACCCAGAGGGACAUGGCCCAGAGAGGCCUGCAGUCCUAGCACAAGCUCGGGGAGCCCAAUGAGUCUCUUCCCCUUGAGUAAAAACCAGUGCUUACCAAUUAAAAUGGAGGAGAAUUCGUUGGCCAACUUGGAUACUGACAAGCUGGAGGCCAUCGCCCAGGAGAUCUACGUAGACCUGAUAGAGGAUUCCUGCCUGGGAUUCUGCCUUGAGGUGCACCGGGCGGCCAAGUGUGGCUACUUCUAUCUGGAGUUCGCAGACACGGGUAGCGUGAAGGAUUUGGGCAGUCAGCCAGUGGAAGACAAAGGAGCAUGCGGCCUCCGGCUUUGCUCCCCUCCCGGAGAACCUGGGAACGGGCCCCAGCCGGAAUUGCGGCCUUCUCCUCCAGAAUUCCAGUAGUCACAACAUGAGAGAGGGCGACAAUGACCAGGACGAUAAUGUAGACUGCUCCCGUGGCUUGGAGGAGUAAGUGAAGUGUGGGGGGCGGGGGGGAGAGACAAAGAAAAAAGCAGAUAAAAGUCCCAGUUACCCUUAAAGAUAUUAGCAUUUAAAAAUGAAAAACAAAACAAAACAAACAACAAACAAAAAACCUCAAAGAAGAGAGUUUAGGAAUUUGGAUCCAUUUGAAAUGGUACCCAGUGCCAGCUCCGAAAUCCUGUCCAGGCACCAUGCUGUAUUUUGGGCUCUAUAAACACACCUGGAUGUACAGGAUUCCUGUACUGCCCUCAGUACACAGGUGAGCAGCUGGGUACCCAGCAUAGAAAAUUCUUCUGUUUCUCAGAUUUUGCAUCUGCUUGAUGUCAAGGGCUUCCUGCAAAGUCUGAAUGCUGUUGAUGGGUCAGGCCAUAAUCAGUCAGCUUCAGUGGACUGCUCCGCGGAUUCCUAAGCCUCCAACUGGGCCUCUUUGAUACAAAAUGGAAGUCAGGUGUGGAACUUGGAUACUAAAACAUAUUAAUUCCUAUUUGAAUUUGGUAGAAAGCCCUGGACCUUGUCUACAAGAAGUUCAGAAUCACCUGUUUUCCAAAGGUCCAGCAUUUUCAGUGAUUUCAGCUGAUGUGGGGACAAGGCCUCGCCUUUGGCUCAUCAAAAGCCCUGUCUUGCCAUCCCACUCAGAGGCAACGGUCUGGCAAAGGACAAGGUGGUUUACAAACAGUUGAAGAUUUUGUUUUGAUGCUGUGAGGGUGAAGCGGACCCCUGCAGCUGCAUUACCAACCUGGAAGAUUCAUAUCGUGAAUUACUGUGGACAUAAGUUUGUGGACAGUCUUUUCCUACUUUUGAGUUACUCGUGAUGUAGCCAGCCUAUGGGUCUCUCUCGCUCAUUAUGACAGGUCACCCUGUCCUCCAGGGGCACCACUGGACUACAGAAGAGCACAGUGGCCAGGCGGGAGGGAACUUUUUCCAUCUGCCCUCAGUAAUGUGAAUGAGUUCCAUACUAAGAGCCCUGAAACGGGCCUUGCUUCCCUGGCGUGGUUGCAGAACCUCCUCUUCCUGAAACUGGGCAGUGAGACCUCUACUAUGGCGAAGUCAGACUGUCCACACCUUCUCUGCCCUCACAAAGGACAGUACUUCACUCGGUCCUCUGGACCUUGUGGGCAGCAGGGGCUCUUUGUUCUUGGAAGUUAGGAAAAGACCUCCAAAAGUCCCUGACUUUGGAGGCUGGGAUAGAAGUGGAUGGGAAGUGCCUGGCGGAUCAAAACUGUCCUCUGAUUUAGCCCUUUAGUGGGGGUUUUUGGAGGGUAGGAGGGUGGCAGUCCUGAGGUGAGCAGAAUAGAACGGUGCUGCUUUGUCUGAAAUGUUUUCUCACCUCAUUCUGUGCCCCAGUAAAGGGUCCAGCCUCAUCUGGCUUGGCCACUGGAUAUCUGAGGCAGCUCAUGGUUCCUGGUGCUGCUUACCACUCUAGCUUUUAUCUUAACCAAUUUCAGUUCAUCUUCCAGUGUUCCUGCUUCUGAAGCCUACACAAGUUUCCUUUUUUUUUUUUUUUUUAUUGUUUUGGGGGUUUUGUUGUUGUUCUCUCAAGUUUUUAAGUUUUUGUGUUGUUGGUUUUGUUUUACCUGUUUUUAUGGAAGACUCAGAGGAGAAUCUUCUCAUGGCUCCCUCUGAUUGGAUUGGGAUGGGAAAAUAACUUAAUUGUGUGUGUGUGUGUGUGUGUGUGUGUGUGUGUGUGUGUGUGUGUGUGUGUUUACAAGGCAGUGUCAUGCCUAAACAUUUCUCUUAUAUAAGACUUCCCUGCUGCUAUAUCUUCUGGCUUUGGUGUGAGUUCUUUCUUGCCAUUGCUACUUGGAUUUCACCUCUUAGGACUUAGAGCAGAACCAUGAACGCUGGCAUACACAAGGAGGGAGUUAGCCCUGCUCCACUUUCCUGACCCUACUGUGUAUGAAUCUUCCUUUUCCCAGGUUCUAUUUGAACUGUAUAUAAACUCAUUUAGGUCACUGUACUCAAGAGUCGAGGAAACCAUAGUGACUGGGCCUUGAGACUACCUAUUGCCUUCUCAGAGUUUUCCAGCUCAGGGUUGGGGCCCAGUUACAGUCUGAUGGAUCCUCAGUUCCAAGUCCAUUAUGAGAAUUGAGGAAAAAAAUUAAACCUUGACCAGGAACUAAAAAUACUUUUAAAAGAUAGCUUGCUACAUGAGUUCUUUCAGCAUUCUCAGUGAAUUCAAGAAAACGCAGUCUUAAGGCUCCUGUCUAUUAAAGUACUUGGGAACAUGAUGAAAGGGAGAAUGGCCAUGACCUGCUCACUCUUGCCUUCAGCUAGGAAGCUCAAAUGUGACUUGAAUAGUUCCUUUCUUGUCUGUUCUGGAUAGAAGGAAAGAAGUGGGUGGUAGUGUGGGGUAAUGGUUUGCUCAUAUGACUUCUGUUUUUUGUUCUUGUUAUCUGCCUCCAUCAUUUCCAUUAGGUCCAUAGUUCUCCACCCUGUGUGGAUAGAAGGUGGGCUCAGUUCGGCUAUUCUUGCCCUGAGGGAAGAGCUACUUUUUUGGGAGCUAAUGUUCUCCACCAUAUAGUUGACAGUGGUUAGGAACUCUUCCCUUCCCUGCUUUUCCUGUAACAGCAAAAGCCUGUCCUUCCUCUUCAAUUAAUUAUAUUGACCACUCUGUGAUCCUAUUAGGUAUCUGAGUAUGUGUGUGUGUGUGUGUGUGUGUGUGUGUGUGUGUGUGUGUGUGUGUGUGGGGGAAAGGGAUUCUUUAAAUUUUCUGUGGUUUGUGGCUUUUUUCUUCCAUAAAUUAGUUCCCACCACCACAUGCCCAGGGGCUACUGCCUGGCAUUAUCGCAUGCUGGGAUCAUUGGGGAAGGGUAGCAUGAAAUUUACCACUGUCCUUUGUUUGGGAGAUUCUUAUUUUUUAAUAAGUAAUCCAUCCUAUACAAACAGCUAAUUAACUCUGUGUGUCCCCCUGCCCAUGUGACUGCUGGUGUAAAUAAAUUGUAUUUUCUCAUUGCUAAACGGUAAUAAUAAAAUUUUUUAAAUA